AUGGAGUUGUUCCGCAAAGUCGACGGCUAUGAAGCUAAAAAAAUUAGCAACAGAGGCGAGCUCUACAUGUUCCGAGUAGUCUACGACUUUUCCAAACCCAAACGCAGAUCGCCCGCGAUUUUCAAAGACACCGGGACCAUGGAAGAUCUGAUGGGUGGCGAAGGCCCUAUCACUAGGCUCUGGGAACUUUAUGACAAAACGAUGGAAUCUCUCAAGCAAGAAGGUCCGUUGACGCUUCAGGAGAGGAUUGACGGGCUGGAAAAGGCCUUGCGAUCACAGACAGAAGAGACCCUGUCUUUUGCCUCGAAGUACAAAUCAUUCUGGGCAACCGAUAGACUCAGUCUAGGUUGGAACAAGUACAAAAUGGAGAUCCACUUCUGUCUGGGUCGGUCUAUCAGAAGAAAAUCCGACGAGGACCCACUCUUCCGUAUGGAACUGAUCAUCAAUGCUCCUUAUCAUGAUCGGCUCGAGCCUCCCAUCGAGCAGACAGAGGAGACGAAGUACGAUGACAAGACUGGCUCGUCGAUCAUCAAGGAGGAGCCAACUACACCGCCUGUGACUCUGCCCGAUGGUAGCUCGCUGCACGGAACCCUCAAGAGGAGGCGUUUCGAAGCCAAUUCCAUUGACACAGAGGAUCCAGAGUCGAAGAAACCGAUGUUAUCGACAUCGAUCUCUUCGUCAACUUCCUCUGAUCUUGCAGCUCCUCCCAGUCUUACCGACGCUGCCAACAGUUUGAAUCUCUCCCUCAAAUUCAAAUCGCCCUCCCCAAUAUCGCGGCCAGUGCGCUGGUAUGGAAUAGAGAUCGACUCGUCUCUAUCGUUUCCCGAAACCAGCUCGAUGCGCUCAUCAGCUUCGGCUGAUUUCAGCGAUCGGGGGCUACAACCCAUCACUCUCGAGAGGGAAGACUCAACGAUACCCAAGCCUAUUCACCAAGAUAUAGACGAACAAAUGGCGCGUCGCUAUCAUGCAGCUGGUCAGGAGAUCCGCAACUCCAUCGAAGAUAGGCGCGCGAUUCUGCCCGGCCGUGGCAUGACCAAUCUUACACACGGCCCCUCGACGAAGAGGCGGAUUUCGAGAUGUUCCAGAAGGACGCAGAGACUCCCGAUGGGCUUCUCGUCAACAGAAGCGUCCUUCCUAAAUUACGCCAUGGCGCCGAAUGGCAAAUUCGUCCAGCCCAUCUUGGGUGGGGAGGAUGAGAUCCUCAAACAACUCAGCGGCUUCUAUCACCAAGUGAAAGAAGCUGUGAAAAGUGAAAAGGAACUCUUGCCCAUUGUUUUCGAUGCUAACGAGAAGCGCAAGUCUCUGUUGGCGUCGAACGUGUACGGCAACGGCCAGAGGGUGAGGGAAUUCUUUGACUUGGAGCACGGCUUGUUUGCGGGAGUGUAUCUCGUACAAUUGAAAAGGGAAGUCAAGAUGGCCAGGGGAAAAGCGAUUGUCGGGCUCCUUAUCAUGACAGGGGUCUGGACGAUCAGACUACCGUACCCCACCGUAUACGCUGGCGGGAAUGAAAGCGCUGAAGCUCAAUCAUCGGAUGGAGAGUCCGAUCUUUCCGAUCGAUACUCUCAUUAUACCGCUGGGAGUGGAGAGAUACCAAGCGAGAAUCGCAGUAUUGGAAGGCCAUCUCUCAAGAGGCAGCUCACCGACCCUGCACGCGGUGCAGACGAGAAACGUCUGCGUCGCGAGUCCACCUCAUCCGUUGAUAGCGACUUGAAUCGCCCCGGUACAGAGACCUCGAACCUCGAGUCCGUCGGGUCAACCGCCUCGAUUGGCAAUUCCUGA